CCAUGAGUGAUCAAGCUUUACAAAGCCAAAGCUCUCAUGAGCACUCGAAGCCCAGAAUUUUGUCUCUAGAUCCAGCCGAGAAUCCUAGGAACUGGCUUACAGGGAAGAAGUGGCUUGUCGUCAGUGUUAUAAAUUUUGUUGACUUGACGGUAUCCUGGGGAGCUCCAGGAUUCAGCCCGGCGUCGACCAAGUUUGCGAAAGAUUUUGGAGUGUCGAGUGAGAUCGGAACACUGGGCUUGAGCAUCUAUGUUGCUGGUCUGGCUCUAGGGCCAAUGCCUCUUGCGCCACUGUCAGAGUAUUUUGGUCGAACACCGCUCUAUAUCAUUCCAUACGGAUUCUUCCUUCUCUUUCUCCUCGGCACUGCAUUAGUGCAGAAUUUGGGUGGAUUUCUUGUUCUUCGCUUCUUGUCGGGCUAUUUCUCAUCGGUCACCAUUGCAAACUUUGGCGGCACCAUUGCGGAUCUGUGGGAUGUCAGACACACCGGAAUUGCCAUGUCUCUGUUCCUGUGGGCAGCAACGUGUGGAUCGCCGUCUGGCUACUUUCUGAUGUCAUGGGUCACUCAAUAUCGUGGCUGGCGAGAUGUNUUUUGGGCAUUAUCAGGUGUUUGUGGUGCAGCCUGGAUUACCAUGUCCAUCACACUGCUUUUGUGUGGUGAGACAAGACACAGUAUCCUCCUGCUUCGCCACGUCAAAGCUGAAAGACGUCGAACUGGUUGGGAUGAUAUUGAUGUCCUAGAAGACAUGAAGCGUCGAGGCAUUCGUCAACUGUUCCGGACCGCCUUGACAAGGCCGUUCAGGUUCCUGUUCUCAGAAGCUAUCGUGAUCUUCGCAGCUUUGUACAAUGGUUAUCUCUAUGGACUGAGCUUCUUGUUCAAUGGCGCAUUCAGCGUCAUCUUUGGGCCUUCUGGCAAAGGCUAUGAGACCUACCAAGUUGGACUUACUUUCAUUGGCAUAUGUCGUUACUACCAGAGGAGAAUUCACCGGGCUGGUGGAAAGAACAUCCCUGAAGCGCGUGUUCAGCUUGGUCAGAUUGCUGCAGUGAUAUUUCCUGUCAGCUUGUUCAUCUUUGCAUUUACUUCAUACGUCUGGUUGAGCUGGGUUGGCCCUGUCAUCGCCAGUGUUCUGUGGGGCUGGAGCUUCUAUGUCCUCAUCUUGAUGACUUACACAUAUAUUGAAGACAGCUAUGGCGAGUAUAGUGCAUCUGCUCUCGCAGCAGUCGGACUAGCCAGGAACGCGGCAGGUGCUGGAUUCCCUCUAUUUGGACGGCAGAUGUUCGUCAAUGAAGGCAUUCAAUACGCAGGUCUUAUAUCGGCUUGUCUGGCCCUUGUUCUGAUGCCUAUUCCAUUCGUUCUGGGUAGGUACAGCCUCAAACUACGACAGAAAAGUCCUUGGGCCAGACAGAUGAUGGAGCAUGAAGGACAACCGGCAGAUAAGUUCGAUGAGGAGGCGAUUCGAGGUGGUAAGAAAGUCGGUCGU